AUGUUGUGUGUUUAAUUCGGGUUCUCUUGACACCGUAACAAUCAGCAGGCUGUCGGUUGCAGUUCUCCACUUUGCUCUGCUCGCACCAUCCAGGCGAGUAUGUGACGGAGCGGCCGCUGCUUUAUCCCAGACCCCCCGCGUCUCAGUCUCCCUCGUCCACUGAGGAUGGAUCCGAGGAAUGCUGACACUGGCAUCAACUCAGUUUCGCUGUACGGGGAAUUUACUGUCACUGGUAACCGAAAAGCCAGGUGUGCCGUGAGCUUGACCGAGAAGGACCUCAUCGUCCAGAGGCUUCUUUUGGCUCCUGUCGGGCGAAACAAGGUGGUGCUCAGUCUGAAGGACUGCGUUGGUUGCAGGGCAUACCGGGAAGAUGACAACGCGGACCCGGCAGCAUACUUGGCAGUCUACUUCUACACGCUCAAACGCCGCUGGAUGAGUUCCGGGGUGUCGCGGCAGAGAGCGGAGCAGUGCUUUCGUCUUGCUUCGCUCCAGGACCCGUGCGCUAACCUGGAGGAGGCGGAGAAGUGGGCUCGCGCUGUUCGAGAACGCUCUGCAUUGCAACAGUACCUAAGAGACGGGGUGUCGAUGAGCGUGUUGUCUCGUCCGAGCCGAAUGAUGCUGCUUGUGAACCCGCAGAGCGGGAAAGGACAGGCGCUCACUCUCUACAACAACCACAUCCAACGAAUGCUCAACGAGGCGGGAGUCACACACACACUGGUCAUCACCGAGAGGCAGAACCACGCCCGAGAGCUGGUGAAGGAGGCUGACCUGUCGCAGUGGGACGCUUUAGUCAUCAUGUCCGGAGACGGACUUCUGUUUGAGAUGACUCCUUUAAGAGCCCCACCAGUGUUCAGUGAGGAGCUCCUUGUCAGCUGUGGUUUCCUGCUCUGUCAAAGACUUGUGGCCCGAAUGGACCUGGUCUCUAUCCAUGUGGCCUCCAGCCCUCGUCUCUUCUCCUUCCUCUCACUGGCCUGGGGCUUUGUGGCCGAUGUCGACAUAGAGAGCGAGAAGUACCGUCAGGUCGGAGCUGCCCGGUUCACUAUUGGCACGCUGGUGAGGCUGGCUUCCCUCCACGUCUACAAGGGUAAGCUGGCUUAUCUGCCCGCCACAGAGGACUACACCAACGAGGAGGGUUUAGUAAAUAACCAGACACUGCAUUGUAACAAUCAGGCUUCCUCUUUGACUCCGGCUUCUCGAUCGUCCAGAGACUCUCCUUGCCAGAACACUUUUCACAACUCCUGCCACUCCAACAACUCCCUCAAAGUGCGGAGGACGGUGAGCACGCCUUCUCAAAGCGCCAACAAAGCAGGCCCGUCUGACUCCCUUCUGCUGCCUCUUGACCAGCCGCUGCCCAGCGACUGGGUGGUAGUGCAGGAGGAAGACUUUGUCCUCAUGCUGGCCAUGUACCAGUCCCACCUGGCGGAGGACCUGCUGGCAGCCCCAGGCGCCACCUCGGACGACGGCUUCAUCCAUCUCAUCUAUGUCAGAGCGGGGAUAUCCCGCGCCUCGCUGCUGAAGCUGUUCUUAGCUAUGGAGAAGGGUGCACAUCUGACUGCUAACUGUCAGCAUUUAGUGCACACUAAGGUGCGGGCGCUCAGGCUGGAGCCACAUUCACCCAAUGGGAUAAUUACAGUAGAUGGAGAAGUGGUGGAAUAUGGGCCGGUGCAAGCAGAAGUACACAGAGGCCUGGCGAGAUUAAUCACUGGAUGAACAAUCAUCCCCCUCAGCUUUCAUCUCUAUUAAAGGCCCAAUAAACACAUUUUAGCAUUUCAGCUGAGACAUGUCCAGGUGUCGGAGUAAAGCAAUAAAUCUAAGACUCAUUCACUGUUAUCUACAACAUUGUAGACUCUCACCGGCACGUAAAAAACACGUUUCAGAAGACGAUUAUGCGAUAUUAUGACUCGGUGUUCAAUAUUAAAUAAAUAGUUAAGACAUUGUGAAAUUAAUUAUCAUAUUUAUUAAUGCAGACAAGAUACAUAAUAUAAUCAUUAAAUUGUAAAAUAAGCUCAUUUUUGUUUUUGAAUUGUUCUUUCAUCCUUCUUCUUUUAAACAAAGCUUUAGGUUUUUUAUUUUAUUUUCACUCAUUUAUUUUGUCCAUCAUGACAAACAGCAGAGUAAGUUAUGUGAUUGGACAACAGAAAACCUAAUUACGAAACCGUCCAAAGUCUCGAAACAAGAUAUUGUUAUGGUAUAUUAUCUUGCUUCAGGGGCUCUUUACUUUUUACCAGCUUUUCAAAAAAGUACUUUUUGGAAGAAGAAAAAAACUGCUGGAAUAAAGUAAACAAUGAACAAAGUUAUUGUGAAAAGGAACAGGAUAAAAUUU